GAGGAGGGAGCAGGGAGGUGUGUCUGCUGUUGUUGAAAAUCCACACCAGACAGAUGCAUUUCCUCUGCUGCAGCUCUGCCAGGACUCCACUUUAAAAACUUCCAGCCUCCAUCUGAGAGGAAGAAGCUUCCAGACCUCAUCCUUUUGUUCUCUUCCACAACACAUCCCUCUCAUGUCCUCAUGUGAGACGUGGGACAGUCGACGCUGUGCAUGUGCAGGUCAGAUGUUGGAGUCCACGGUUACUUUUACGACGACAGUUUGAGAAUCAAAGCUCUUCCUGGAGUCUGGUCCUUUUUAUUCUCAGUCUGGUGUUGGCGUGGAUCAGAUGAGGGCUGAUGUGCUGAUCAUCUGGGUCGGUUUGACCCUGUGCUGCACACUGGUCUGUGCAGGAGAAGAGCGAGAUGGACACAAACUCUCCAGUGAUCAGGUUCAGGUGAGAGAAACCAGAGGACGGGUCAAACACAGGAGACCAGAGGAGGAUGGAGGUGAUGUUCGGAUGUCAGAUGAUCCUGCUGAAGUGGCAGAAGCAGACAAGACAAAGCCAAAGAAGAAGAAAACCCCCGAGGAGAUAGAAGCAGCCAGAGCAAAGAAAGUCGCAGACAAGGAGGCCAAAGCUAAGAAGCAGAAAACUCCAAAGCCUACCAAAAAGCCCAAGCCCCCCAAACCCACUAAGAAACCCAAACCACCAAAACCCAGCAAGAAGCCAAAGGUGCCCAAACCUACCAAGAAACCAAAUCCAACGACUACAGUGCUGCCACAGACCAAAUCUCCUCCUCUGGAGAAGGAGGAGGAGAAACUGCCGAUCGAACUGGACUGGGACACUCUCUUUCGACCUGUGACCCCAGUGGGGCCCGGCUGGGAAGAGCCUGUUGAACCAGACUUGGUCUUCCCUGGUCGUCACCCUGACAGGAAACACACCACAACCACCGAGGCCAUCAUGUACAUACCAGAGGAGACCGCCACUGUUCCAUAUCAAUACCCCUGGUAUGAAGAGUAUGAUUACAAUGACUUGGCCGCCAAGAAACAAGAGGAAGAGGAGGAGAGAGCUCGAAAGGAAAAGGCAGAAAAAGCCGAGCGACUGAGGAAGCAGUGGGAGGAAGAGGAGGAGGAGAGGCUGAGGCUGAUGUCUGUGCCCGUGGAACCAAAGAAGUGUCCCCCGCUGGGUUUGGAAUCUCACCGCGUGGACGACGACCAGCUGCGAGCCUCCUCUCAGUCUCACUAUGGUUUCACGGCUCAGAGAGGACGACUCAACAUGCAGGGUACGGACGAUGACGACGAUCUGUACGGCGGCGCGUGGUGUGCAGAAACGGAGGAGCGUAACCAUUGGUUUGAGGUGGAUGCGCGGCGAGAGGUGGAGUUCACCGGGGUCAUCAGUCAGGGAAGAAACUCAGAGCAACAUGAGGAUUUUGUGUCGUCGUACUACGUGUCCUUCAGUAACGACAGCCACGACUGGACUGUGCUUCACGACGGUUACGCUGAAUGGCUUUUCUAUGGAAACGUGGACAAGGACACGCCGGUGAUGAACCAGUUUAUCAUCCCUGUGGUGGCGCGUUACAUCCGCAUCCUGCCUCAGAGCUGGAACGGCAGCCUGUGUCUCAGAGCUGAGAUCCUGGCCUGUCAGUUCCCCACCGUUUAUCAAAGUGAAAAUGAAGUGAACUCAACAGACGACCUGGACUUCAGACACCACAAUUAUAAGGAGAUGAGACAGAUGAUGAAGACGAUAAACGAAGAGUGUCCAAACAUCACCAGGAUUUACAACAUCGGCAAAAGCUCUCAGGGCCUGAAGAUGUAUGCUAUGGAGAUCUCUGACAACCCAGGAGAACAUGAGACAGGUGAACCGGAGUUUCGAUACACCGCUGGUCUCCAUGGUAACGAGGCACUGGGCCGAGAGCUUCUCCUCCUGCUGAUGCAGUUUCUGUGCAAAGAGUACAACGACGACAACCCCAGAGUGCGCCGCCUGGUGGACGGCGUGAGAAUACACCUGGUGCCCUCACUCAACCCCGAUGCUUACGAGCUGGCCUUUGAAAUGGGCUCAGAGAUGGGGAACUGGGCACUGGGCCACUGGACCGAAGAGGGUUACGACAUUUUCCAGAAUUUCCCAGACCUCAACAGCAUCCUGUGGGGCGCGGAGGACAGAGGCUGGGUUCCUCGUAUCGUGCCCAACCAUCACAUUCCCCUCCCAGAAAACCAUCUGAACUCCUCUAUGGCCACUGAGACCAAAGCCAUCAUUUCUUGGAUGGAGCGCAACCCAUUUGUGCUUGGAGCUAAUUUACAAGGAGGAGAAAAACUGGUCGCAUACCCUUUCGACAUGCAGCGCCCCCUAGUUUCUUUAACCGACAACAGGCGAUGGAGGAGCAACGGCGACAUGAACGAGGAGACGUGGGCUCGCAUUCAGCGGCAGAACGAAGGAGCGCCGAGGGAGACGCCGGACGACACCAUGUUCAGAUGGUUGGCCAUGUCGUACGCCCACAGCCACCUGACCAUGACUGAGACCUACCGAGGCUCCUGCCACGGCGAUGAUGUCACAGGGGGGCAGGGAAUCGCCAACAGAGCCUCCUGGAAGCCGGUGGUCGGCAGUAUGAAUGAUUUCAGCUACCUGCACACCAACUGCUUUGAGCUUUCCAUAUUUUUGGGCUGUGACAAGUUUCCCCAUGAGAGUGAACUUCCCCUGGAGUGGGAGAACAACCGCGAGGCUCUGCUGUCCUUUAUUGAACAAGUACAUAGAGGGAUAAAGGGAGUAGUGAGAGACGUGGAGGGAAAUCCGCUGCCCAACGCCACAAUAUCUGUGGAUGGAAUACGCCAUGAUGUCACAACAGCUGCAGGUGGUGAUUAUUGGCGGCUCCUGAAUCCGGGGGAGUACAAGGUGACGGCCAAAGCUGACGGCUACACGCCUCAGACCAGACUCUGCAUGGUGGGUUACGACUCCGGAGCGACUCCAUGUGGAUUCGCUUUGGCCAGAUCCAACUGGGAUCGCAUCAAACAGAUCAUGGCGCUGAAUGGCAACAGGCCCAUUCGACUGGUCCCCAAAGCGAAUGUCGUGAAAACGACCGUGGCCAGCGCGGUGGGAGUGGGCACCACUGAUCCCGGGACAGAGAGUCACGCCAGCUCCCAGAAUGCAGAGCGACUGAGGCGGCUCAAGCUCAUGCGUCUCCGCAGGCUGCGUCUGCAGAGAUUAAGAGGCCGCUCGAGUACGACUACUACUCCCACUACGACCACCACCACCACUACAACGACAACCACCACCACAACUCUGCCGCCAGAAACAGAGAAAACAACGUCCUGGUACGACUCGUGGUUUCCCGUGGACGACUGGUCGACCGAGAACCCGUUUGACAGCAUCGUCUUUGACUCCGUGCCCACGCAGGACUAUGCCUUUGAAUUCACCAUCGAUUGAUCUCUGCACUGUACGAGUCAUGUGACACACAAAGACCUUACUCACCACUAUGUGAUGCUGCAACAACAUCACAGCUUUAUAACGCUAGAAACCUGAUACUGACCGCAGACCGGAUAUAAAAAGUGCACGUAGUCUUCUGUUUUGCAGCUUAUUGUUGCAAAUAUAAUGCUUGAAAGAAAGUCUAAGGGAAAGCCUACAGCCAUGUUUCCACCAACUGGAACGGUUCAGUUUGGUACAGUACGGUACGGUACACCCUUCCCCUGAAUAAAAUAGCCUGGCACAGUCACGGGUGGAGCUCCACUGGCUCCCCCCGUGACAGAAAAACAUCACUUGCUUGCGAUAAGUGUAAAUAUGGAAGUGGAGGGAAUGGCCUGCAGUCUAUUCUCAUCAACAGAGCAGGAAAUAAAGAGCUGCUCACUGUCCUUCACUGUUUAUCGUGUCAUGUGAUGGGGUUUUUUUUGUUGCUGCGCCGGUAUGAUGUCGCGCUCCGUGGCCUUCGGGCACAGUCCACACGCCGCACCGUAUCAGUAUCAAACCGAACCGUACCACGCUCGAAACGCAGCACAUGAGAACAUUUGCUUCUUCUUCUAUUUUCCUGAGGAGUUCAUGGUCUCAAAUGCUAGUUUCAUGUCUUUAUUUAAACAAAAUACGACGCUGAAAUGAAGUCAAUGCAAGGCACAUACACGUAGCGGUGGGUGAGGUCAUGUCCGUGCAACGCCGUCACGGUGAUUCAGUAACAUCGCAAAUCUCAAAGGCUUCAAAGCGGCGUCAGCUUUGCAUGCGGACGACUACGUUGACAUUUUAUACACAGUCUGUGGAACUGACAGUUACACACAGCACAGCAGGAGCAGCACGAGCACAGACAUCAGUGAUAAAAGACUCACCAUAUGAAAGCGACACUAGCAAUAUAUUACAGUCAGAUACAGUGAUUUACAUCAACACACAAACUGAUGCAUUAACCACCUACUUAUAAAAACUCAAUGAGAGCAGACACAUGCAACCCUCUCUCACAUCCUGGUCACAUGGUCAUUAAUUGUAAAAUGUAGUGUUUAUAGACUGUAUAGGACUUUUCAUUUGUGUGUCUUCAUCAGAUAACCUUGUGUGCGUCAGUGCCUCACUCUGAACCACCUCAACGAGGCCCCUUUAAGUCUAGAAGACAUUUUUGAUUUUUAGAACAGGUGUGGAGCAGAAAGCCUCUGUUGAGCAGAGACUAGAAGGCUCAUGUUUAUUUGGGUUUCUGUUCAAACAAACUAAAUAUGACAAAUCACAAUACAAACGGGAUCCAUGUACAUGGCGUCUUUCUGUUAUAGCUUCAUGAUGUGAUUGCUGGUCACAGUUAAACUGAAUCAAUGUAGUGUUGAAUGCAUUUUAUUAAAAUAGUUAUUUUCUAAAA